CCUUUGAAAAACCCAAAACCCUCGACUGCAUUGCACGAACUGCCUUUUUCCCUCUCUUCAAUCCCUUCAAUUUUACUUCUCGCCUUUUCUGUUGCGCCCUGCAAUCUCUCUGCAAAAUCCAUCUCCCUAAUAUUAGAGCUUCCCGGUAAAAUGGAUUCCACCAAAUGGGACAACCAAAAAAGUUUCUCACCAUCCAAGCAAUUCCCAGAACUCAAUCUCCAAGCCUUAAACAGGCUGCAAAACCAUUGCUCUGCCUUCCUCCAAAACCUUUCCCAAUUCACUUUCUUUAAUCCUAACUCCUCUUGUUUCCAGACCCACCUUCAAACAUCUCUCUGCAACCUCCAAAACUUCCCAAGACAUGUAAUCGAAAAUACAAUCUCUCGCUUCAACCCAAAACCUCCCUCUGCAUCCAAUAACCCACUCUGGGCUCGAAUUCCUCAUGAAUCCAAGACCCAAUUCGAGCCACUUCGUCAGUCUCCUACUGCUCUGUCUACUGAAACCAUUGAAGAGAGAUUAGCAGGCGUGCCUGUGUAUGCUUUGAGCAAUUCCAAUGAAGAAUUUGUGUUGGUUUCUGGGUUUUCCACUGGGAAAUCUCUCGGGUUGCUUUGCUUCAAGAAGGAAGAUGCAGAGGCGCUUCUUGAGCAAAUGAAGAGCAUGGAUCCUGGAAUGCGAAAAAGUGGGUCUAAGGUGGUUCCAGUUGCUUUAAACAAGGUUUUUCAGCUAAAGGUUGAUGGGGUGGCAUUUAGGUUGAUACCAGAGCCAUCUCAAGUCAGAAAUGCGCUGAGGGAGAGGGAAAAGGCUGGAGUUUUUGAUGAUGGCUUCUCUGGGGUUCCAGUUUUCCAGUCAAGAAGUUUGGUAUUAAGAAGCCAAAACAAGAGCUAUCGUCCAGUGUUCUUUAGGAAGGAGGAUUUAGACAAGUCUCUAAUGCGGGCUUCACGCCAACAGAGAAAAUUAAAUCCUGCACUCAGGCAGGGGGAUAUUCAGGUUGCUGUUUUUGAAGAGAUAAUCAAGUCUAUGAAGGAAAGUUCUACUUCAAUGUGGGAUGAUGUUGUUUUCAUCCCUCCUGGUUUUGAUGUUUCAACUGAUCCUGCCCAGCUAUAGAAAGCUGCAGAUGAGUUGGGGAUGGACAUUUUGGACAGUCACUUGUCUAAUAUGUAUAUUCAACCAUGCAUUUGCAUUUGGGGCAACCAAGUGGAGUAUAAAAUUACAUGCAUUUGCCUCAUAUUAAACAUUUUAAAGCAAUUUAAACUUGUGCUUAUUUCUUUUUGUUCAUCUUCAA